AUGAGUGUGACUAGUAUGUGCCUUCAAGCCAGCAGCAGUGGGCAACGUGAUGUGUGUGGGAGAGGAGUGAAGGAGGGGGGAGGGGGGGAGAGGGAAGGGGGAGGAAGAAACCGGUUUAAUUCGGGCAGGCCACCCCUCUCCUCUACUCGCCCCUCUCCUCCACGCGCCCCUCUCCUCUCGUUUCCCCUUCUUCCCCCUCACACCGCAGAUAAGGCACUCUCUUCUCUUCAACUGUGGCUUCAAGCAGAUCACCCUCGCAAGGCACUCUCUUCGACUCCUCUCCCUUCUCCUCUCGCCUCUCCCUUCUCCUCUCGCCUCUCCCUUCUCCUCUCGCCUCUCCCUUCCCCUCUUGCUUUUCCCUUCUUCCCCGCUCGCUGCAGGCAGGGCACUCUCUUCGACUGUGAUUUCAACCAGCAGCUCGCCCUCGGCCUUCCACUCAAACCAUGCAACCGGCCAUCCCCUCUCCUCGCCCCCUCUCUCUUCUUUCCCCUCCCCCUAUUUGGUAUUCUUUACAGGCAAGGCGCUCUCUUCGACUGUGACUUCAACCAGCACCUUGGCUUUCCCUCCAAACCACCCACUGCAUAUGUCUGCCCGCUCUCCACUUGUUUCCCUCUCUCCUCACCCUCUUACAGGCAAGGCGCUCUCUUCGACUGUGAUUUCAACCAACAGCUCGCCCUCGGCCUCCCCCCCAAACCAUCCACUGCCCCCAACUCUCCCCUCACCUCUCCUCCUCCCCCGCCUCGCACCGUCUUUGGCAUCCAAUCAUUGGAGGAGCUUGUAGAUCGCCCCAUCGCCACAGCAGCACACUGCUACGGGUGA